ACCAAUGACCUAAAUUUAGAUUCUGACGGUUCCCAAACGAGGAUGUCCCCACAAGGGCAAGUCACCAAACAGCUCGUCUGGAGUGUGGUGCUUCGUUUGAUGCGGAGCGACGUGAGAAUGUGUAGCUUUCAGUUGCAAUAGAGAUGCUCAAGGCUUUAGCUGUGGCAGGCGGGCCUCUUGUACGAGGUCUCGCUUCCUCUUCCUCUUCCUCCCCCAUCUGUGCCACCAAAAUUGUUUUGCGAGCUAUCCCUCCCUCUACCCCCAAUUUGAAGGCUUUGGAAGUGGAGUUUAACAACGGAGACAGAUACAUCUACUCUGCAGAAUUUCUUCGCGUCAAAAGUCCUGCAGCUGACAGCCAGCGUCGAUCAGCGAGAGGAACAAUUAGGGCAGUUGCAGGAAGGAGACAUAUCGCCAUCAUAUCAGUUGAACCCACUGGAAAUUAUGCAAUCAGAAUAUCGUUUGAUGACUUGCAUGACACUGGGAUCUACACUUGGAGCUAUCUUCAUUCUCUAGGUAAAAACAAGUUUCAGUUGAUGCGUGAGUAUCUUAAGACCUUGAAGGAGCAAUCUCUCAGCCGUGACCUUGCGACAAAAACGAAGAACAGAACGUGAAUUUGGUUCCAAAUCCUGAGGUGGGCUGAAAUUACUCUGGCUGUCUGGAACACAGAAGUGUUGGCUUCCAAGGCAGUGAGGCCCCAGCUGCUCAACUUCUCUCGACAGUAACCUCUGCAAUCUUUUCUAGUGAUGAGAUUCCAAAAUGAUCAGUUUUUUGUGACCGCUCAGGCAAAGCUUUGAAGUUCAAUGAGCACCAAUUUUUGGGUUCACGACAGCUUCACAGCACCUGCUAAAUAACUGAUCAGUUGGGAUUCACAAGCUGUAUUUUCAAGUAAAUUUUUCCAUUUAGAAACUGAAGUUGUAGCUUGUUGUUCGUAUUUAACGGUGUCUCGACGAAUGUGAAUGAUAUUAGACGUAUUCCGUAUCGGCAGUGGAAUAGCACAACCCCCAUAUGGUAGUUGAAAUUACAUAUAUACGAAAAUCAGUGAGGAACUUAUGAGGUAGCUGGAAUGAAAUUACUCUGACCAACUGAGCUAUUCCAGCUACCUUUUUCUUCGUCCCAGAUGUCGUUUAAUGUGUGGACUACCUUGUGUGACCAGUUGAUCAGUCUAUCAUCUUUGUCUGAUCCCCAUGUUCUUCCUUCGACAUCUACUAAACGUGGAUUUCCGUAGAGCGGCUCUCGUAGUAUUUCGUCUCGGUGUUGUGGGGCAAGGGGAGUAAGACUGCUCAUUAUGCUUUGCCAGGCUGUGAAUGUGCUUUUCCAGAGCUGCGAGCCUGUUGUAAUGACUGGUUUAUUGUCCAUGAUCCAGUGGGCGCUAGGAUGCCAGGUGCCAUAAUGCUUGGCUCGUGUUGUUUCCAAUCUGUGUCUUAAGAGGAUUUUCCAAGGUUCUAGGCCUGGUGUGAGGCCUCUGACGAUUAGUUUGGCGAGGAGGCUUUUGUUUGGGUUGCUGGAUCGAAGAUUUUUAGUCCCCCGUGGUUUAUUGGCUGUGUAAUGGUGUCCCAUUUGACCUUUGCUCUGGCCACUCCACUUGUGAUGCCUCCCCACAAAUAGUUGCGGAUUAAUGCCCUGAUUUGCGCAAAGAUCCUGUCUCCAAAAUUUGCACAUGAAACCAGGUACCAUAUCGAUGCUAGAAUGACUUGGUUGAUAACUAGUAGUCUACCAGCAAGUGAUAGUUUUUUGGGGCCCAGGUGCUUCGUGAUUUGUUGGAGGAUUUUAUUGUUCCUGUUCUCAUCCUGCAUCUUGUAUCCGAUAGGAAAUCCCAGGUACUUAACA